GGUCAGGACUGCUUUCACAGGAUGUCAUUUGUAUUCCUUGAACACUUUAUGAUAAACAUUGAGAGCCGAGCGUGAUUCUUUACCCUGUCCAAGUCACUUGUUCUGAUGGGUAAAUGACUACUCAGUGGAGAAUGACGCGGUGUACAAGAACUCAAAUGUUUUUGGUCCUAGCUGCCUUUCUUUAUGUUGCCGUAUAUCCAGAAGAAAAUCAUUCGUGUCCAGUAAGAGUGGGAUAUCCAAGGGCGAUGUUCAAUUGUUCUACUGGAGACCGUCUGACAUUGAAUUGUACUGUCGUGUAUUGUAAAGGUAUCGAAUUGACUGUACACUGGUGUAAAAUUCACUCAAAUAGCUGUCAGUCAGUCAAUAAAAUAACACAACAUCAGUUAACGGAUACCAAUGCUACAGAGCAACAAAUGCUUGUAGUUUACACAAUCUCUUCCAUCAACUUGACUGACAAUGGCACCUACCGAUGUGAAGCUCAACAAAAUGCUAUAACAGCAAAGGGACACUCCAUCAAUUUGAAUGUGUUUGAACCAAAAAAGCAGAAUCUCACAAUCAAUGUCACUGUAACUGCCACAAACUCUACGAUGAAGGGACACAAUCCUCUCGGUACCCCGAUUUGGAUCUUUUACAGCAUUAUCGUCAUGGGAAUUUUGGGCACAGUCCUCUUUCUUGUCCUGUUCACAUAUUUCUGCAUCAAAAACUUUCAUGAAUCUCAAGAAACUAAAGAACCUACUGACAAGUGUGAAAGAAGUGAAUGUCAUGCUAUGACUGAAGCUAAUGGCAAAUCUACAAUCUAUGAAAACACAAAUGAAUGUUCUGAAGGCAUUGGCCCUGCAUUUCCAAACUCCUUAACUGUUGAUAAUUGCAAUUCUCCUGAAAAUCACAGAAAUGAUGCUGGCUGCUCCAACACUGAUUCAGACUGUACAAUUAUUUAUGCUUCAUUGAACACGUCUAUGUUAUGCAGAAAGUCAUCUAUCACUGCCUCUAAUGAAGAGGAUACAGAAUAUGCUGCCAUAAAUAUUAAAAAUUAAACAAUGCUUCUUUUUUGUAAGAAGGAUGACACCAAAGGUGAAGGACGGCUCUUUUUCUGUUAUUGUUUUUAAGACUUACGCUGGACCUGGGCAUCCUAACUCUCUUUACAGGUGCUUUGCUCCAUGUACUAUCUUCAAAAUAAUCUGACUAAUUUUGAGAUGUUCCGGAUUUACAAAGAAUGUGCCCCUUUACAAUUCACUUAACGAGCCUAUUGUCAAUGAGCAGGAGCAACCAUGAAGAGUGCAAAUGUCACCUUACUCUCAUUCCAUCUAAUCCUACCAUUGAACCAGAGAAGGACAUUUUACUGCACUGGUUUUGGAUACUUGACACAGGAGACUCAUUUUCAAAGCACAGGACACUGCUUUCAAAGGAACAAUGGCUUGUGUCAAGAGGCUAUUUGUAUAUUUUAAGUUUUUAUAACUAAAUUAGACAAUGAAUGGAACUUAACGUGAUUUUGAUUGUUUUUGUAAAAUGUUUGUCACAUGAAGAAUGAUUUACAGAUA